AUGGACGUCGCGUUCCUCCGGGACGACAAGUGCCAACAAGCAUUCAAGACACUCAAGGAGAGGCUUUCAAGCAAUCCAGUGCUAUGUUUGUUCAAUCCGGAGCUGCCCGUCAAAAUCCACAUGGGCACUUGCAGAUACGGCAUCAGCACAGUCCUGGCCCAGAGUGACGGGGGGUACGUGUUCCGACCUUCCAUCUUUGGAAUGCCGGUAACAAUCAUCACUGACCAAGCAAGUUUAACAUGGCUUAUGACCAUAAGGAAUCUCAAUGGCCACCCCAUCCGAUGGAGCCUUCUAAUCCAACAGUUCGAUAUAACCCUCAAACAUCGUCCGGGACGAAGGAAGGCAAACGCCGACUGCUCAUCCCGCCUCCUGCACGAGCCAGUUCCACCCAACGAAGAGGAGAUACCACUGUUGGUGGCCAAUGCGACUGAGGGAGCAGAUCGACCCUACAGGAUCCGGAUACGCCCGUUGUGA